CCUGCUCCCUACACAAUUCCAGCGCCUGGAACUCGCCGCUCUACACGCCCUACAUAUGGUCGAGCCCUGACUCGUCUUGAGGACAACCCCUCUUACCACAAGACCUCGUACGUGCGGCGUGCAGCUGACGGUGAAGGGGAGGAUUAUGACCCUGCUCCACAGGACCCUGCACAGAAAGCAGAAGAACCCGAGGACUUCACGCUCCAUGACAAUGACAAUGACACUGAUGAAGAGCACGCACACGCAUCCACUCUCGACUCCGAUGACCCCAAGACCUACCACGAAGCCAUGUCCCGCCAUGAUGUGGACAUGUGGGGUGCUGUGAUGGCUGAGGAGAUGGGCCAGUUCGUUCGCAUGAAGCUCUUUGACGAGGUCGGACGCCCCACCAAUCGCCGGGUUAAGGCUGCAUGCGGAUUGAUCCACGGAUGA